CUAACAACCCACCUUCCACCCGCCUCUCCAGCUGAGAAAACAUCCUCUGCUACAGUUUUGACCUCCGAGUCACCUUCUCCGUGUUAUUCUCUUCAUACCCUCUUCGAUACCCCCUUCUUUGAGUUAGUUAUUCCUUCGCAACAAUGUCCGGACAGUUCUACAUCGAGAACAAAAACGUGGGCGACAAGACCACGACCGAGGAUUGGCGCAUCCGCGGCUACAACCCUCUGACGCCGCCCAAUCUGCUCCAGCACGAGAUUGCCCAGAGCCAAAAGUCCAAGGACACGGUCAUCCAGGGCCGCAAUGAAGCAGUGGCUGUUGUGCAGGGCACCGACCCCAAGCAACGCCUGCUGGUAGUCAUUGGACCCUGCUCCAUCCACGACCCAGCCAUGGCGCUCGAGUACUGCGACCGCCUGCUCAAGCUGAAGGAGAAGUACCAGGACGACCUGCUCAUCGUCAUGCGCUCCUACCUCGAGAAGCCGCGUACCACGGUUGGCUGGAAGGGCCUGAUCAACGACCCGGACAUUGACAACUCCUUCCAAAUCAACAAGGGUCUCCGGAUAUCGCGCCAGAUGUUCGUCGACCUGACGGAGAAGGGCAUGCCCUUGGCCAGCGAGAUGCUCGACACCAUCUCCCCGCAAUUCCUGGCGGACCUGCUGAGCGUCGGCGCCAUUGGCGCCCGCACCACCGAGAGCCAGCUGCACCGCGAACUGGCCUCGGGUCUGUCCUUCCCCGUCGGCUUCAAGAACGGCACCGACGGCACGCUGGGCGUGGCUAUUGACGCCAUUGGCGCCGUCAGACACCCGCACCACUUCCUGUCGGUGACGAAGCCCGGUGUCGUCGCCAUCGUCGGCACCGUCGGCAACGAGGACUGCUUCAUCAUCCUGCGCGGCGGCAAGAAGGGCACCAACUACGACGCUAAGAGCAUCAAGGAGGCCAAGGAGAAGCUGGGCGAGACGGGCACUAACUCCCGCCUCAUGGUCGACUGCAGCCAUGGCAACUCUGAGAAGAACCACAAGAACCAGCCCAAGGUCGCGCAUGUCCUGGCCGAGCAGAUUGCUGCGGGCGAGACGUCCAUCAUGGGUGUCAUGAUCGAGAGCAACAUCAAAGAGGGCAGCCAGAAGGUCCCCAAGGAGGGCCGCGCCGGCCUCGAAUACGGCGUCUCCAUCACGGACGCCUGCAUCGGCUGGGAAGACACCGAGGCCGUCCUCGCAGAGUUGGCCGGGGCAGUGCAGAAGCGCAGGGAAGUUCUCGGCAGCAAAUAGACGCGGCGCCGCGUUCAUUUCUUUUCAUUUUCUUGGUCUGGUUAUAUACAUUUCUGCAUUUUGGAGGGCAAAAAAUACACCAUGAUGGCGGGGCCAGAUAGCAGUUGGCGUUUAAUCAGAAAGCAGCAUCAUCAUUAAGAUCUCACGCGAUCUGUUCUCAACAGC